UCUAGAUGAUGGAGUGAAGAUGAGGAGGUUCUUUAUUGUUCUAGAUGAUGGAGUGAAGAUGAGGAGGUUCUUUAUUGUUCUAGAUGAUGGAGUGAAGAUGAGGAGGUUCUUUAGUGUUCUAGAUGAUGGAGUGAAGAUGAGGAGGUUCUUUAUUGUUCUAGAUGAUGAAGUGAAGAUGAGGAGGUUCUUUAUUGUUCUAGAUGAUGGAGUGAAGAUGAGGAGGUUCUUUAGUGUUCUAGAUGAUGGAGUGAAGAUGAGGAGGUUCUUUAGUGUUCUAGAUGAUGGAGUGAAGAUGAGGAGGUUCUUUAUUGUUCUAGAUGAUGAAGUGAAGAUGAGGAGGUUCUUUAUUGUUCUAGAUGAUGGAGAGAAGAUGAGGAGGUUCUUUAUUGUUCUAGAUGAUGGAGUGAAGAUGAGGAGGUUCUUUAGUGUUCUAGAUGAUGGAGUGAAGAUGAGGAGGUUCUUUAUUGUUCUAGAUGAUGAAGUGAAGAUGAGGAGGUUCUUUAUUGUUCUAGAUGAUGGAGUGAAGAUGAGGAGGUUCUUUAGUGUUCUAGAUGAUGGAGUGAAGAUGAGGAGGUUCUUUAGUGUUCUAGAUGAUGGAGUGAAGAUGAGGAGGUUCUUUAUUGUUCUAGAUGAUGAAGUGAAGAUGAGGAGGUUCUUUAUUGUUCUAGAUGAUGAAGUGAAGAUGAGGAGGUUCUUUAUUGUUCUAGAUGAUGGAGUGAAGAUGAGGAGGUUCUUUAGUGUUCUAGAUGAUGGAGUGAAGAUGAGGAGGUUCUUUAGUGUUCUAGAUGAUGGAGUGAAGAUGAGGAGGUUCUUUAUUGUUCUAGAUGAUGAAGUGAAGAUGAGGAGGUUCUUUAUUGUUCUAGAUGAUGGAGAGAAGAUGAGGAGGUUCUUUAUUGUUCUAGAUGAUGGAGUGAAGAUGAGGAGGUUCUUUAUUGUUCUAGAUGAUGGAGAGAAGAUGAGGAGGUUCUUUAUUGUUCUAGAUGAUGGAGUGAAGAUGAGGAGGUUCUUUAUUGUUCUAGAUGAUGGAGUGAAGAUGAGGAGGUUCUUUAUUGUUCUAGAUGAUGGAGUGAAGAUGAGGAGGUUCUUUAUUGUUCUAGAUGAUGGAGUGAAGAUGAGGAGGUUCUUUAUUGUUCUAGAUGAUGGAGAGAAGAUGAGGAGGUUCUUUAUUGUUCUAGAUGAUGGAGAGAAGAUGAGGAGGUUCUUUAUUGUUCUAGAUGAUGGAGUGAAGAUGAGGAGGUUCUUUAUUGUUCUAGAUGAUGGAGUGAAGAUGAGGAGGUUCUUUAUUGUUCUAGAUGAUGGAGUGAAGAUGAGGAGGUUCUUUAUUGUUCUAGAUGAUGGAGUGAAGAUGAGGAGGUUCUUUAUUGUUCUAGAUGAUGGAGUGAAGAUGAGGAGGUUCUUUAUUGUUCUAGAUGAUGGAGUGAAGAUGAGGAGGUUCUUUAUUGUUCUAGAUGAUGGAGUGAAGAUGAGGAGGUUCUUUAUUGUUCUAGAUGAUGGAGUGAAGAUGAGGAGGUUCUUUAUUGUUCUAGAUGAUGGAGUGAAGAUGAGGAGGUUCUUUAUUGUUCUAGAUGAUGGAGUGAAGAUGAGGAGGUUCUUUAUUGUUCUAGAUGAUGAAGAUCCCCGUUAA